UGUGUGCAUGUGUGUGUGUGUGUGUGUGUGUGUGUGUGUGUGUGAGAGAGAGAGAGAGAGAGAGAGAGAGAGUGACAUUUUGACAACUAUAUUGGGAUGUAACAUAACCAGCAUCAUGUGAUAUGAUAAAGAAUGAUCAAAUUACAUAGAUACUAAGUAUGCCAAUGUAUGUAUGUAUGUAUGCCAAUACUAAUGUAUGCCAAUGUAAAUACUUGCAGCAUUGUCUAACUGAUGUUUGAGCAUGGAGCUAGUGAAGGGAAGCCAGAAUAUAUGUAAUGCUAGGCUGAAAAUAAAAUCAUUACUACCAUCUAUGUUUAAAAGGUCUGACAGUCAAAGUAAUCUUGUUUGACUCUAGUUGGAGUCGACGUUUUUGUGCCUCUACACCUAACUUCAGUAUGCACUCUCUAUGAGAUUUAUGCACUCAGGCUCGGUAUGUAACUCCAACCAAAUAAAGGCCAAAUUGUUAAGUAAGUUCUCAAUAUUAUGCACACUGAAACAGAAAGGCCAUCAAAAGGGUUAGGCCAAUAAUAAUUGCUAUUUGUCUUCAUUCUCACAGAAACUGAUUGUUUUGUGCCCCUAGGCAAAGACCUCACCAAUGCAGUGCUCACCUGUAUUCAGAAAAUUGUCACAACAUUGUCCGAAAUUAUGUAACUUUGUUUCUGCAUUGUGUAUGCCAUUCAUGUGAAUGCCUCUCGACAUGCACCACUAAUCCAAACACUGUUGUGGACUGAGUACCCCCCAUUACAACAACACUCCCCGAUGGCAGUGGCCCCCCAGCAGGACAGUGUGCCCUGACACACAAUUACGGGCCCAAGGUGUCGACCGGGCUGAUCGGUGCAUAUCAGAAGACUCACCAGUGAUUUAUGCAAGUGGUUGAUGGAGCAAGCAGAAAAUCAGGAGAAGUAUUUGAUGAAAGAUGACACCAGUCGAAACAGUGCUCCAUCAAAGUACGAUAAAAGAGGCCAGUGGGCCAACAAGAGCGAGUUCAUUUUGUCAAUAGUCGGAGGAAUUAUUGGUCUGGGAAAUGUUUGGAGAUUUCCCUAUCUGUGCUUCAAAAAUGGAGGAGGAGUUUUCUUGUUUCCUUAUGCUUUGAUGCUGUUCACCUGUGGAAUCCCACUCUUCUUUCUGGAGGUAUCAGUGGGACAGUUGACUCGUCAGGGUGGAAUCACAUGUUGGAGGAAAAUAUGUCCUUUAUUUGAAGGCUUAGGCUAUGGCACUCAACUGCUUGUGUUAUACACUGUCACGUAUUACAUCGUCAUCCUGGCCUGGGCCUUCCUCUUCCUAUUCUCCUCCUUUCACACUGUACUCCCCUGGACCAGCUGUAACAACACCUGGAACACAGCAGCGGACUGUGUGGAUUACCAGCUGAAUCAUUCAUCGAAUGGAGACAUUUCUCAAAAUACAACUUCUUCAGUCGUAGAGUUCUGGCAGAGGAGAAUCCUAGGUUUGUCUGGAGGAAUUGAAGAGAUGGGAAGUAUCCGCUGGGACCUGGCUGGAUGUCUGCUGCUAAGCUGGGUUAUAUGUUACUUCUGCGUCUGGAAAGGAGUCAAGUCAUCAGGAAAGGUCGUGUACUUCACAGCCACAUUCCCUUAUGUGAUGAUAUUUGCUUUGCUGAUCCGUGGCGUGACACUUCCAGGGGCCAUAGAUGGUAUUCGAUUUUACCUCUCUCCUGAUCCGACGCGCCUGGCUGAUCCACAGGUGUGGAUGGAUGCUGGGAGCCAGAUCAUGUUCUCUUAUGCUGUCUGCAUAGGCUGUUUGCCAGCUUUGGGAAGCUACAACAAAUACAACAACGACUGCUACAAGGAUGCAUUUGCCCUGUGCCUGCUAAACAGCGUGACCAGCUUUGUCUCUGGCUUUGCAGUCUUCUCUGUCCUCGGCUUCAUGUCUUAUGAGCUGGGUGUCGACAUUGAAACAGUGGCUGAAUCGGGUCCUGGCCUGGCUUUCAUUGCCUAUCCUCGGGCAGUCGCCAUGAUGCCUCUUCCCCAACUCUGGGCUGCCUGCUUCUUUAUUAUGAUAAUCUUCCUUGGAUUGGACAGUGAGUUUGUGUGUCUUGAAGGCCUGGUCACAUGCAUAUCUGACAUGUAUCCAUCCUUCUUCUUCACUGGUCAUCGACGCAAACUUCUUCUGCUGGUCAUCUGUAGUGUAUCCUUCGUCAGUGGUCUCUUUAUGGUCACUGAGGGAGGACUCUAUGUGUUUCAGCUGUUUGACUACUACGCCUGCAGUGGGAUCCCAUUGAUUUCUUUUGCCAUUUUGGAGUAUGUUUGUGUAGGAUGGGUCUACGGUGCUGAUCGUUUCUACAAUAAUAUUACGGACAUGAUUGGCUACCGCCCACUACCUUAUAUGAAAUAUUGUUGGAAGUACGUUUCUCCAAUUGCAACUACAGGCAUUUUGCUCUCCUUUCUGGUUAAAUUCAGCCCUCUGAGAUAUAACAACGCCUACGAGUACCCCAGGUGGGGACAUGCCCUCGGGCUGUUGCUUGCGUUCUCUUCAGUAAUCAUGGCACCGCUGUGGUUUUUCUACAGUCUGGCUGUAACUCCAGGAACACUAAGACAGAGACUGAAAGCGAUGACGACUCCAGCAGACGAUCUGCUCAGAGCACCACUGGGGAGAACUCUCAGUUCUGUAACCUGUCCUCCACACAAAGAUCAUGAACUGUGUGCUCUGAACAGACGCGCAGCACAAAAUUCUGGACCCUGUAUCUAGACAUUCUCUAUAGGCCCUCACCUAAAGCUACGAUUUCACCCAUGUACAUUCAGUGUAGUACCCACUGAAUCCGAGGUCACUGUACCUAAACACGAAAUCUGUUUUUCAUUUCCACUGCCAACAAAAUUGGUGUUAACUCUAGAGCAUGUGAUGCAUUUAUUAACUGACAGUGAUCUUUGCUGUUAAUUACUGUUUUUCCCCUGCUCACAUUCAAAGUCUAUUUUCUGCCGCUUGCCCCGUCUUGCUCAACCACACGCUCGCUAUGCAGAGCUCGCAGGUUUUUCUUUCUUGUUCCAGCAAGGUAGCGAACAAGGAUGCUGGCAGCAAGACAAAAAUCAGCUGUCAAAAAUCUGAACUGAUCUUCAAUGCUUGGCAAAAACAAGGCUUUAGUAUCUCCUCCUCCUCGUGUUUGGCGUCCUCCUUGUAUGUUGCCAGUAAGAAGGUUGAGCUGUAUUCUUUUGUUUUGGCCGUUUCAUAUCUGAGAGCUCGUCUUUGCCAUGUGCAGUUUUGGUGUUGUGAUUUUACUACCUGCGUGUGCCAUCCAUUAGCCUUUGGGUUCAUGGUAAAGACAUGUUUUGGGAGGUGUGUCUUUAGGGUUACUUACUUUCAUUUACGCUGUUCUCUCCUAGCACUUUGUAUGUGCAGAAACAUUGUGCCUCUGUGCCUGUUACUUUGUUUUUCUGUAACACUUUGCACAAUAGUUGUUAAGUGCCUUAAUCAGUAGGUAGUGUUUAUUUACACUAAUAUCUCAGAGUUAGAUUACUAUAACCGGAAGAUCUAAACUAUAUUAAUCCACAGGUGUCUCAGGUGUUUCGGGGAUGAUAAUAAUGGGAUGAAUGCAGAUACAUUUGGUGUGUGUUGUUGUUUCAGUUAUUGCUUUUAUUAGUCUUAAGGUUUGCAUACAGUUUUAAAAGGAGUCGAGAAUAGUUCAAUAAAACUCUGAGUGCAGCUUUA